AUCCCGAUUGCGCAAUACACCCGGCUAUAUUUAAAGCAGCACUACUCUGCACAGGAGCGGCAUUUACAGCGUGGUUACGAUGCGAAACUAUUUGGUGUUCUAUUCGGUACUGGUUCUGAUACCAGAAGCCCUGCUCAUAUCAGAAGCCCUUUUCACACCACCUACAUACCAGUGGAAUGGUGUGACGUGUCAACAGUGUCGUCCCGGCACAUUUGUGAAACAGCACUGUACGAGGGAAAAGGAGACGCAGUGUGAGGCUUGUCCAGCCUUGUAUUACACGCAGUACUGGAACUACGUGGAUAAGUGCAGGUACUGCAACGUCUUCUGUGCGGAGAAACAAAUUGAGACGCAGCAGUGCAAUGCCACUCACAACAGGAAGUGCGAGUGCGAGUCAGGGUAUUACCUGGACUUUGAAUUCUGCACGAGGCAUUCUCCCUGCGCACCUGGAUCUGGCGUCGUCAGAAAUGGAACACCAUACCAGGACGUAACAUGUGCACCCUGUGAGGAAGGCUAUUUCUCAUCAAAGAGCUCCAGCACACAGCCUUGCCAGAAACACAAGGAAUGCGGAGAGGGUUUGCUAGUAUUGCUUCAUGGGAGUGAGAGCCAUGACACUUUGUGCACUACCUGCGAUAAAUAUGAGACACACAACGGGACAGUUGAAGGUACUGCAGGAAACAGAGACUGUGACACGGCUGUGGUGCAGUUUGUGGCUUAUCAGGAGAUUCACCCAAGGAAGCUAAGAAGGCUGUUUCAAUUGACCAGAGGCUAUAUAAAGAGAGAGGCUGAAGAGAAAGGGCAUCUCAGUCAGAAGCAUUUGAUGUCCCUGCUCUCCCUGCUCUCCAGUAUUAAACAAAAUGUAAACGGAACACCAUUCAUUAAUGUGAUCCUCCCAAUGCUAGAAAAGGCAAAGUUGCACAACAUAGUAAAAAAAGCGAAGGGGCGCUUUCUCAAUUAAAUAACUAUUUACGUAACAGUCUGGUAUUGAAGAAGUAGGUAUUAAAAAUACUGGAAAGUAGUAUCUGUUCUUCAUGGUCGUGAAUGACGCUGCAUAUUCGUAUGAUGGAUUUCCCCUUUUUACAACAAAUGAGAAAAUAAAUAUGAUAAACAAACUGGCGGAUUGUGUUUAUAUCCCCAGUAGAAAGAAAAGAGCAAACCCUAGCCUUGUCAAUAGAAGAUGGAGUCACAGUAUAAACAGCCUUCAGCUGUAGAUUGUUACAAGACUUCCACAACACAUAGCCAAGUUUGUUUUUGUUAGCUAAAUUAUGGAACAAUGUAGUAAAUAUACACCAAAGAAUCAUAUUCUAGUUUAACAUAAAACAAUUAAUGUGGGGUACUGCUCAAUAUUUUUGAUUACAUAUGUUAUAUACAUCAUUUAUACUUUUUGUGUAAAUAUGUGUAUAAAACAGAUAAACGUUGUAUUCAAAUAUUAUCAUUUGAGGGACAAUUUUAAAGAACGUGUAAAGGUUAUUUUUCAGAGGUGUAAAAUGUAUGGAUAUAAAAAUACUCUUAACAGUAUAUUAACCAUAUCCAUGCUAGCAUUCUAUUUGUAUUCCUUUCAGAAAGUGUUCCUUUGCACCUCCUUCAAAAUCAGACCCUAAAGCUCCAACCCUUUCAACACUGCAGACCAGCAUACAGGUCUACCUCUUUUCUGCAGAUCGCUUUAGUGAUAGAGAAAGUUGUGCACUCAGCGGUGAAAAAGUUCAAGGUUGAAUGUUUAGAACUAUUUUUAAAUAAAGUAAUAUAGGAAUAGUUUAGAUUGGUAACACAAUAAGCUAAAUUACCAGAGGUCAUUAUUGUAUAUUCUGUUUAACAUAUAUUAGUGUAAAACUUUGUGUAAAAGUUGUGACAAAGAAUAAAUACAUAUGAAUAAGGUCUUGGCUGACCCAGCUAGCAUUUAGGUAGUUUGAGAGUGUUAUGGUCUUACCUCAUAAUUUACGUUUUAGUGUUUAGUUAGCAAAAGAAAGUAAUGAAAACCCUUUUAACUUAUGAAUGACUGAGUUAAGGAAAUUGUAAUUUAAGUAGUAUGUUAAGUAGUUCACUCACAUAUUGCUUAUGGCUUCUUAAGAAAAGACUGCUGAAUUAUAUAUUUUAUCUCACUUUGUAGUUUUACCUGCCAUUUCAAACGUCAUCCACGUUAUUUAUUUUAGCAUUAUAGCAAAAUAAACUAUUUUUGUUACCAUCAAAA